UGAGGGUCUCUGUCCCUGCUGCGGGCCCCUCCGCCCGCAGACCGUGGGGGUCGCGCAUUUUGUUUCUAUAAUGCCUGGCAGAAGGCGAGCGCGCCAGCGGUUGCCGGGCAGGUAAUUCCGAGGUGCCCCGAGAAUUUCGGACACGCGACUGUAGUGGCGAAUGUCCGGCCGAGGCCAAAGCGGCGGUGGGGAGGAGGUUCCCUGGGUCCUGGAUUGCAGCUGAAUGGGAAGGGAAAGUGCGUCGUCCCCCCCCCCCCCGCUUUGUUGUGUGGGGGUCUCCUGGGGGGCCACUGGCUGCUGUUCGGACCCGGCCUUAAGCCGAAAGGGGAAUGGAGCAGCUACCUCUGCUGCCUACUUUGGGGACGACCCUGGGAGUGGGGAAGGGUUCGCGAGUCCAGGCCUCAAGGGCGCAACCCCUCCUCACUUUCCCCUGGAGGCUCAGCAUUUACUCCCCCCGCCCACCCCUUUUAAGGGGAGGCUGAGUUUUACUCAGGUUCAAUCGGUUGAAAAUUUCUAGGCGAGUCACGGUUAUGCUGCCUUCCUUCUGAAGUUGUUCUCCAAGGAGACGACAAGCUGAAGUGCGGUGGACACCUCUUUCUCCCACUCUUAGGGUCCCUUGGGCGACUUCCCACCCCACCCCCAGGGCCCUGUCGCUCACCCACCCCCGAGGAGCGGGAGCUCCAGCCCUCCCCGACCUGAUGGGUCUCCACCAGGGAGGUCCUCUAGGUCGGAGGAAGAAUUCCGCUUCCAAUCCAGAUUCCUUUACCCUAAAAAGACCAUUUGUGUGUGCAAGUCGUUUUAAAAUGUGUCCUCGUAGAAAAACUGAAAGUGGAAAGAAAGGAAGCAAUUUCCGAGCAGAUGUCUGACCACCCCUUCUCGCACACUCCCAGCUUCGGGUUACAGGGUCCUGGGAGCCCCCACCCACAUUCUGCGGCCGCACACCAGUGGACCCGCGGUCUCUCCACACCAGGUUGUGCACGACCCCGAAACGCCCCACGGCACCCCAGGAGCCCCUCUCCCUGCACCUCCAGGCCUGGGCAGGCGGGGAGGGUAGCAGCACAGCACAAUGAUAUAAGGAUAAAUAUUAAGCCGUGACAUUGACGUGCCCGGCGCCUCCCCUCCCCCGCGCUCCCGGCACACUCUGGGCUGCUUGGCACGCCCCCUCUCGUUCCACUGCGUCUCGCGCCCCGCGCUCAUCCCCGAGGGGCCCCUGCAACCUCUCCGCGCGAAGACGGCUCCAGCUCUGCAGGGAAAGAAAAGUAACUUCGCUUUUCUCGGAGGAACCAGGAAGGAUUAAGCGGCCUGGGAGAGGGCAGGAGCUCGCAGAGGGUGGAAGGACUGUGGAGUGAGACGCGCUCGGGCAAAGGCUAUGUAAUCGCCUUGGUGUCUGUACAGAGGACUGAGCUUCGGGGAGGGAAGAGGAGGGAUCGGCUUGCUCCUCGGCGACUCGGCAGGCGGAGUUUCGCAGCGGCGGCACCAGGGUUGCGCCCGCCCGCGGGGAGGUCGCUCCAUCCAGCCCCGGCGACCGCGAGAGUCCGAGCGCCGGACCGCGGUAGUCGGCGGGGGUGAGAGAGAGCGAGACCGAGCUCUAGGGCGCGAGGGAGCAGGCCGGGGGGUCCGGGAGGAGGCAAGCGGCGGCCACGAGCGAGCCGAGCGCGCCCCCCGCCCGCCCCUGCGGCGCCGCGCCGGGCGGCGUCCGGGCGGCAUGGAGAAGGACGGCCUGAGCCGUGCCGACCAGCAGUACGAAUGCGUGGCGGAGAUCGGGGAGGGCGCCUAUGGGAAGGUGUUCAAGGCCCGGGACCUGAAGAACGGAGGCCGUUUCGUGGCGCUGAAGCGCGUGCGAGUGCAGACAGGCGAGGAGGGCAUGCCGCUCUCUACCAUCCGCGAGGUGGCGGUGCUGAGGCACCUGGAGACCUUCGAGCACCCCAACGUGGUCAGGUUGUUUGAUGUGUGCACAGUGUCACGAACAGACAGAGAAACCAAACUAACAUUAGUGUUUGAACAUGUUGAUCAAGACUUGACCACUUAUUUGGAUAAAGUUCCAGAGCCUGGAGUGCCCACUGAAACCAUAAAGGAUAUGAUGUUUCAGCUUCUCCGAGGUCUGGACUUUCUUCAUUCUCACCGAGUGGUACAUCGUGAUCUAAAACCACAGAACAUUCUGGUGACCAGCAAUGGACAAAUAAAACUGGCUGACUUCGGCCUUGCCCGCAUCUACAGUUUUCAGAUGGCUCUUACCUCAGUGGUCGUCACGCUGUGGUACAGAGCUCCAGAAGUCUUGCUUCAGUCCAGCUACGCCACCCCUGUGGACCUCUGGAGUGUUGGUUGCAUAUUUGCAGAAAUGUUUCGUAGAAAGCCGCUUUUUCGUGGAAGUUCAGAUGUCGAUCAACUAGGAAAAAUCUUGGACGUAAUUGGACUCCCGGGAGAAGAGGACUGGCCUAGAGAUGUCGCCCUCCCCAGGCAGGCUUUUCACUCAAAAUCUCCUCAACCAAUUGAGAAGUUUGUAACAGAUAUUGAUGAACAAGGCAAAGACCUACUUCUGAAGUGCUUGACAUUUAAUCCAGCCAAAAGAAUAUCGGCCUACAGUGCCCUGUCUCACCCAUACUUCCACGACCUGGAGAGGUGCAAGGAAAACCUGGAUUCCCACCUGCCACCCAGCCAGAACAGCUCAGAAAUGAAUACAGCCUGAGCUGCCUGGAGCUGAUCAUCCGGAGAACCUCCUUGGUAGCUGAUGGGUCCCCUGAGUAAGCCCUGCAGAGCUGCUGAGGAUCACUGGCUGGAGACCUUCUAGCUGCCGUCUUCUGGAUGGGCUCUGCUUCUCUGAGGAAACCGCCUCGUUUACUGUUUUGAAAUCAAUGCAAGAGUGAUUGCAGCUUUAUGUUCAUUCGUUUGUUUGUUUGUCUGUUUGUUUUAAGAACCUGGAAAAAUUCCAGAAGAGAAGCUGCUGACCAAUUGUGCUGCCAUUUCAUUUUUCUGAUCUUGAAUGCUGCCAGUGUGAAGUGAGCAAUCCGGGCACAGCUGAGUUAUGAUGUAAUGUCCCUGCAGGUGCUGGAGCCUGAUUUGGUACUUUUGAGUGAGUGUAUGUGUGUGUGCAUGUGUGUAUGUGUGUGUGUGUGAUUCUUGAUCUCUUAAAAAGUGUUACUUUCUGUAAACAACAAGAAUAAUUGAAUUUUAAAGGCUCAAAGUGACCGCUAAAUAACAGGUGUCUAUUGACUAAAGGUGAUUCACCAAAAUGGGCUUCUCGAAUUUAAAGUUGAGCCUAUGUCCUUAGCAUUUCUUUUCUGGCCCAAAGCAGUAAAUUUGCUAAUAGUAAAAGGUUCACUAUCUAGGUGAAGUUUUAUACACACAGCAAAAAGAAAAAAAAAAAUUCUAGUAUCUUUUAAGAAACCUGUUUUUUGAAGCACAAAUUCUAUUUACUUUUCAAAAAGCUCAUUUACUCCUUGUAAUUUUAACCUGUAUAAUGUGCUUUAUUGUUUCUUUUGAAAAAUACCUAUAAGCUUUUUCUUAACUUGCUAUAGAUUUAGGGAGUGUACCUCAACUAGGUAAAAUCGUCAAAAAAUAAUAGAGAAAGCCUUUAUUUCCUGGUUUGGAAUUUAUUUUCUUUUUGGUUUUUGUUGUUAUUUUGUUUUGGUUUUGAUUUUAGGAAUUUGUCAGAAACUGUUUUCCUGUUUGGGUUUGGAGGAUAGUUCUCUCUGACUAGAGACAGGAAUGCCAUUUAAGUUUUCCCCCACCUAUUACACUGUACUUUUUCUACCGUGCACUGCCUCAUUUGCAAAGUAUCCAUCUUAUCUAUCCCCCAGCGCAUCUAAUAUGUAUUACUACCCUUCCAUAAUUAAUAACAGAUUGCUUAAGCUGUUCUCAUGAACCUCCUACUUUCUUUCUUUCAAUGAACCUUUCAUAAAUAGUUUGAUUCAGAUUUAUGGCUUAUGGCUCCAAUUCCACAAUCCUAACAGAGUCCCAUAUGUUCUCCCUCUACUGCAAUCUUCCUGCCUGGCAUUUGGCAUUCACGGUUGUUACCUAAGUAAUGAGUAGAAGACUGGUUCUUCUCAAUCACCAGCAAGUAGAUUGCUUUAAAGUGUAACUUAGUGUUUUACAGCUUUAUAGAAUAUAUUGUCAGUGUAGUAUCUGAGGGAAUGUCCUUAACUAUUUUUUAGAAAUAUAUAUUUACUCUAUAAAAUUACCUAUUCUCUGUCGCCAGGCUGUGCUUGUUUCUAGUGCCUUACGCACAUGCCUGCUCUCUGCAGAGCCAGCCUGACCUGGGCAUUGUGAACAGCUUUACUUUUCCUCUUGCCAUUUUCUCUACAGUACUUUAUAUUCCAUACCAUCUCUGCCUUCUGUGUGGUUAGUGCUCAGUCGGCUCUAGUAACCAGAAGACAUAGAGAUGAAGUAUCUUUUGGUAAGUUUAGCUAAUUUCGCUUCCUGAUUCAUGUUUUACGAGCGUGCAACAGUUAGACUGUGUUUAGAGUUAGGGUUUUCAAAGAAUGGACAUUGCUUCCCUCAGAAGAAAAUGUGCCAGAUGAUGUUUAUGCAUAAUCAGGCCUUUCUGAGUUCUCCACAGCUUAAUAUUGUAUAUGACUAUCUUUAUAUAUAUAUAUAUAUAUAUAUAUAUAUAUAUAUAUAUAUAUAUAUAUAUAUAUGGUUUAACAUUGUUCUAAUUCAGUAACUUCAAGAGCAGGAAAAUUUUUCUAAAGCAAGAUAUGAGUGAGAAGAUGGGCCAUAAGAAUGUUUUAUGCUUUCUUCCUUGUGACAACAUCGAUAAUGUUUUGUCAUCUCUAUAAAUGCUUGAGAUAUAAUGGAUCCAGAGCAUUCAGGUCAAGCAUACUUGCGGUCUCCCUGGAUAAAUGAGUUCUGCCUUUCCUUCGAUCGGGGGUCAAAAUACAAAGACCAGGGGCCUAGAAAUUGAAUUAUAAAACUCACUGAACUAAUCCAUCAUGAACUUUUCAGUUAGUAUCCAUGGUUAGAGUGAACAUGGGUUUUUGUGAAACUUGGGUUUUUGCUUUUGCAAAAGUUUUUCAUAAGUUCACUUAAGAAAAAUGCAGCUGUUCUAAACUGGAAUUUUUCAGCAUUCUUCAGCAUUUUAAACAUGUAGAGAGUUCAACUUUUAUUUCUAACAUAUGCUCCUGAUUCGUUUCUUGGUAGUGUUUAUAAAGAAAACUUAAAGCACAAACAUUUUGACAUUAGAUACUUGCCAGAUUCCCCUCUGAGAGGCAGAAGGAGAGGGCUUUUCAGCCUCUCUGAACUUGUUAAAGAGUCUGUCCCCAGCUCUUCCAUCCGGGUGGUUGUUGCACUUGAGUGAUUACUCUCGUUUUAUGUCUUUUACAUCCGCCUCACCACUUCUGAAAUCCAGAUCCCACACAAGCACCCUUUGCCAUUAGGGCACUUUGAAGCACAGAGCAGAAUACAAGCUUACUGAAUACGGCUUAUUCUUCUGCUACAUAUGGUUUCAAACAUGCUUGCCAAAAGCUAGGCAGUGGUUAGCUGAAAAGGUCAUAUUGCCCCAGGGCUAUACUGAAGCAGCUUAUAGCAGUAAGAAACAGGAUGACAGACUUGAACUCACAUUUGAAUUUCUUACUAGGACUGGGGCAAGAAUAUGCCUGAUAGUUUCUAUAUGAUAUUUAGUUCUAGUGGUCCAAGCUCUGGGAACUGCUGUGCUGGGGUGGAGUUGUAACAACCUGCAUUUAAAGAGCCCAUUUAGGCAUCAUAAGCUAUCACGUGGCAAAGCUAAUAAGGCCCUUAUAACCUUAAAAACACAAUCCCUGAGAGCUUGUCAGAACCCAGUGCGUUGGAGCCUCCCACUUUGUCUCUCCUUUGAAGUAGAUGGGAACUCAAGGAGCAAAGAACCUGUUUCGGAAGAAAGCUCCAGGCCAUUUCUGCCCCCUGUGUUCUCAUGAUUUUCUCUCAGGAAACACACACUUUUAAUGGCAGACUUUUCAUUUUGCCCCAGGUGACAUACUAAAAAUUGUUCAAAAUAUUCACCUAAGACCAGAAUCUCAGCCUUUUAGUUUUAGGUAAAAAUGAAAAUUUUGGAAUGCACAGGAUGUUAAUAUCUUAAAUAAAACAUGUACCUUUUAAUAGAGAAACUUAUGGUCUGACUCCAGAAUGUGAUACUAUCCAUCCUGAUGGGAAAAAACUUAAAUAUUACCAAACUUUUGAAUCUUAAAUUAUGUAUUUAAAUUGCGUUUUUAACUAACUAUAGCUGCUUCUCUUAAAAGUGGUACCUAUAAAAGUCAGUAAUGGCAAUUCUCAUUCCUUAAUGGAAAUUAAAUCAUGUAAGCUUCCUAAUAUCAUAAACAUAUUAAAAUUCUUCUCUCUAAAGAAUUGCUUCUUUUUUUAAGUGACAACUUUACUGUAAUUUUUAUGAUAAGCACAUGAGAGUGUCUCACAUUUUCCAAAAACAGACCUGUGUUGCAUAGGUGGGUCUAGGAAAGAAUAAUGUUGAAAGUUAGUAAGCCACUGUAAUUACUUAAUUGUGUUUGUACAGUUUCUUGGAAAGAAAAUAUUGAAAUAUUAUAAAUUCCUAGAUAUUGAUAGAAUUCAAAAGAAUGCAUAAAGACAUAAAAUGAUGUCUUUAUUUUAUAAAAAAUAAAGAUGUGAUAUGAUUUCUAAAUCUUUAAAAACCAUAAGACACUAGGCAAUGGAUAGAGGAAAUUCUGGAGAAAAUGAAGGUAUUCAAAGAUGGAUAGUUUCAAAGUUAUGUAUAUUUUGACGGGUAUAUAUUUUAUUAACAUGUAUUGCAAGAAUUUAUAUUCAAGUCACUUGGCAACUAUGAACUUGAUAUGGGCAGAAACAAAUUUUAUGGAAAAGUCACUCCAAACAGUUACUAUUUCAAAGGUUGAGCUAAUCAUACUAAACCAUCCCUAUUCCUUCCUCAUUUCAUGGAAGGAAGCAGCCAUGUGAAGCUACACUUGUUAUGCAAGCCUAAAAAUGUUUGUUGUAAAAAAAUAAAUAAAUUUUUUAAAGGUGUGUUUCCUAUGCCACCAGGAUUUUUGAAAACUUGUGAAACCCAAACCAUUUAUCAUGUGCAUUCAGUACAUUCAGAUGUAUGAUUAGGAAGAUAAUUACAUGUUCCUUCCCCACAGUGGAAAAACUUCUCAAGGCUACCAAAAACCUGUCAAGCAAUGUAAGUCCUCAGAUAAUUAGUAGUGGUGUUUUCCUCAAAAGCAUAAGAAAAUAGCAUUUUCAUUUUUUAUCAAUGCAAUUUUCAACCUGGUUUUGUUACAUACCUAUAUCUCAAGCAUUUCUAACUUGUACUUUUUCAGAAAAUAAACCAAAAAUAUUCCUUUGGCCUUUUCCAUCUUCUGACCUUUGUUAACAACGAAAAAUGGAGAAAGAGGAGGGGUCUGAUUUUUACAUGUUUUCCGCGAUUAGUUGUUUGUUUUUUUUAAUGAAGUGCAAACCAGCUUUUCAAAAUGUUUUCUAUUAGCAUUCCCAGGGAGUUAAUUUAGAUAAAUGAAUGGACUUCCAUCAACAUAUUUAUGUUUCCUUGAUACUGGUGCUCUGGCCUUGAAGAAGAAAACAAGACUCUCCUGAAAAUAAAUACAGGUUUUUUCCAAGCAUCUGUUUAAAUACUAUUACAGCAAUUUGAACUCAAUAUGGUAGGAAAGGGAGGCGGUUUUUCUUUCAAAUGUCUGUUUUAAAAUUCACACUGUCCUAAGGGAUGAACUUUCUUGUUUUAUUCUAGUAUAUUCCACAAGGUGGCACUUUGAAGGGGGGUGUGGAAUCUGAGCAAGGCUUCUACCUUUAUUUUUCUGCACACAUUUGACUCUUGCCUAGCGCUUGUUUUUCAGGAUGAUUAAUAAUCUUCACAGUGUUCUGUAACUCAGAUAUUUUAGUUGUUAGCUAAGUUCUGAACAACUGUCUGCAAGUAAAUUGUUCUUGAGGAUGAAUAAUACACCCAUUUUGAUUAUUUUAGUGUAUAAAGAGAGCCUAGUCAUUCAUUUGGUCAUGAAACAUUUUUUGAGGUAACUAAUUACCUCACUUUUCUAGGUGCAAAGUUACAAAGAUGGACAUGCUUAUUACUCAAAAGGCAACACUCAUCUGUGAAGAGGAUAGUUUUGUUAGGAGUGUAAAACUCCUACAGAGGCCCUAGGCAAAAUGCCAUAUCCCCUGUCAGCUGCUUUCACAUUCUCUACCAUGGUGGCUGUUAGACCAUUAAAUUUUAAAAUACUAAUUUAAAAAAUCAGAUGCGGAAACUAAGUAACGCAUCAGUUACUAUAUAGACAAAACUAUUUUUUCAAAGAAUUGCUAUGCUGAAACAGAGCCCUAAAAUACUAAAAGACCUGGUAAUUUUUACAUUUGUAUAGUCACAAGUGUAAAUUCACAAGAAAUUGUAAUUUUUAAAAUUUUUCAUUAAGCAUAUGAGCUAAUAACUUAGGAGUAUACAUAAGUGUUUGAUUUCUCCACUUGUGAAGUUCUUUGGCAACUUUACGUUAUAUAAAUAUAUAUGUACAUACACUUUUUUCCUACACUUUUGUUUUAAUUCACAGAUCCGCUCAGAGACCCAUUAUCCGUCACAUGAUUUUAGUUGAUUUUAGAAGUCAUUUUCUUUAACAGUGUCACUGAAAUUUAGGAGGAAGGAAAUUAUAUUAUUUUUUCGGAAUUUCCUUAGCACAACCCAACGGAAGGCAGUUUAUUCCUUCUGAGUGGCAGAAACUCCUUAAUGCCUGCUUCACUUUCCUCCGGAGUAGCCAGCGGGCAAGUCUCAGUAAUUCAUACUGAAUCAAAAUGCCGCACACACUAGGGGCUGUCAAAUCUUCGGCCUCAUCCCUCUGCUUAAAAUCCCACUGAAGUAUUUAGAUUCCAGUUUAAGCCCCUAAGUGGAAGGCCGAAUUCAAACCUCGAGUUUGUUAUCAGUUGGGCCAGUCUGAACUCUUAUCUGCUCGCGUUCAAAAUUUCCCUCCCACCGAAAGCCUUCCGGGUGCGUUGCGCCGUCGCCCCGCCCCUUUGGCAGUAGAGUGGCAGUGGGCGGAGCUGGCUGGGACCCGCCCGCCGCUCACCUGUUAGUGCCUGAAAUGAUGUACAGACCCGGCGGGAUACUGUCCGAGGUCCAUGUGCCCUGCUGCUGUCUCAGAGGCAUCUGUUCUGCAAUCUUAGGAAGUAAAAUAUCCCUAGAAGCAAACAGGUGUUAUCUGUGCGUAAAGAAGUACAACACAAUUCUCCGAGAGUUCGGGUAUAAAGAGAUGCUGCUCUGUAUGAAGCUAUCUACCAGGCAUCUCUCAAGCUCUAAGCUCAGCUUUUUUUUUUUUUUUUUUUAAAGAGAAGAUGUAUAAUUACAGGAAAGAUUUUUUAUUUUUUUAUUUUCUAUCAUUCUACAUAUAUGAUGGCAAAAGAUAUGCCUGGAAAAGUUUUGUUUGGAAGAUUUGUUUAUUUUCUACUUCAUCCUCAGUUGGCAAAAGCUCCUAACUCUUUAGUUUCUAAUUUCUUUCUCUUUUUUUCUUCGUGAAGUAGUUAAAGAUAUGUGAGCAAAUUAUCUCAUGUGGGAGGGAGACUUUCCUGUUUAGAGGAACCUUUUGUGUGAAUUGUUUUGUCAAACAAAUAAUCAACCCCUUCUCUAUUUAAGGAGUUUGGACUGUCAAAUGUAGGUUUUCUUAAAGGGGACACAUAACUGUACAUAACGCUAUAAAGAACUAUGACCAUAGCACUAAUCAGCAAGCAUAAAGCCACAAGAUAUAUCAUUUCUAACUGUGGUUUCUAGCCAAAUCCGUUGAAGUGCUUAGGUUACAGUCCUGAAGAGACCUUUCGUACCCUUACUUGAAAGUUUCUAAUCUUAAGUUUUAUGAAAUGCAAUAAUAUGUAUUAGCUAGCAAUAUUUCUGUGAUCACCAGCAACUCCAAAUUUGACCUUGAAGUCUCUGGAUAAUGAAAAUAGAUCCCAGCAGAAAUACACUUCUUGAACACCCCCCCCCCCACCAAGUGUAUUAUAUAUCUUUCUCAUUUUGAUCCUGUGUUUGCAACAAAUGUAUACGGGAAUAUUUUAGUUCCUUACUUUGUAUUCAUUUAUUUUCCUAUGACCAGUAAUAAAUAUACUAGUUAGUACAUGGAAUCAGUAGCAUCAACUACUCCUAGGAUCAGCACUUAACAAGGUGGGAAAUUUCUAUUUCAAGUUGUUCUACAUUUGCAUAAAUUAUUUCUAUUUUUGUUCAUGUAUAUUAUUUAUUUCUCAAUCACACUAGUCCUGUGAAAGUGCAACAGAAGGCAGACCACAUUAGGAUUUGCAUUAAAUGCUCAUUAUCAUGGUCUUGACGGAACUCAGAAAAUUAAAAUUAGACUAAGCCCCCAAAUAAGCUGCAUGCAUUUUAAUAUGAUUAGUAGAAUUUAAGUCUAGAGAGAUAGUAUUUUUGUGUCUAGGUGUUUUAUCAUUAUGUAAAGGAAUUAAAGCAAAGGACUUCGUAGUUGUUCUUUUGUCAAGUAUGCAUAUACUAUAGUGUGAAAUACAGCAAAACUUAAAACUGCAGGUAGCAAAGCAUCAAAUACUGCCUUAAUUUAGGAACUCUGCCAGGUGACCCUCAGAAUAGAUGCCAGGCAGAGACAGGUGCCUGGGUGGCGCCUCCUCUUAUCUGGCCUGGAAAAGAAGCUUCCCCCACACCAUCUAGUACCCUUGUAGGUGGAGUGUCCUAUAGUGGGAACAGGUAGCACUGUUGAAAGGAGAGCAGUGUGAGAGUUUUCUGUAGAAGCAGACCCGUCAGCAUGUGCCUUGAGGCUUCCAGAACAUGCCAGAUGGAGAAGUCCAAGUUUCCAUGCUUCAAGCAACUUGGUUUUGUAGAGAAGCAAUCCAGUCUGGUAAUUAAAACAAGGAUUGCGUAUACAGUAGUCAACAAUGGGGUUUUAACAACCAACAGUCCCCAACACCUCAAAAGCUUGUUGAAUUUCUGGUAUUUUAAGUUUUGAUCUGAAGGUUAAAUGGCAAGUGUGUCGUAGAGAAGAGCAGUAUGUGGCAAGAAAAGCACAAUGUCGGUUCCCGUAGAGUGCAGAUUAGAACUAGAGGGUUUUAUAGGCUUAUCAUUUCUGAGAUGUGUAAAAGCACGUUUUCACUGUAAAAUGUAUUAAUGUUUCUGCAUUCCUAUAGGGCCUAGUUAAAACUUUAUUCUAGAUUUCAGCAAGGGUGUCACAGCCAGUGAGCUAUUUUUUUGCUUUUUUUUUUUUUUUUUUUUUUUACUUAUUUUUAUAAUAGAAGAUAUUUUAAAAGUAGAAGAAAAUCUUAAUUUGGACAUUUGACUUGUUGGUUUCUGUGUUUGAAAUCACGGUUCUGGAGAUGUAGAGAUUGUGCAUGUGCAUGUCAGAUACUAAUCUAGGCUGUGUGAACCAGCCCAGGAUAACUGAUACUCCGCCAGCCUCUGCAUCCUUUCCUCCCUUCCUCUGAAGUGCUCCCUGCCCCCUUCCUGGACUGUCCACGUGCUGCUCUCCAUCCUCCUCUGCUGUACUUUGGGGUCAGGGACAUGAUGAGAGAUGCUUUAAGCAUCCCAGGUAUGCCUGUCCAGGCUUGGCCACCACCCCUACUUGACCUUUGGCUGGCCACAGUCAUGAAGAGAAGGUUCCUGGUGCUGAGCACAGAGCAUGGUCAAGACACCAAUCACAAAUACCCUCUAGCAUCUUCGUAUAUGUCUUGAUUUUUAAACCAAGUCGUGCUACAGAGCAUUCUGUUUUGGCUGUGGUGCAGAGAAAAAGACUAACCAAGAAUAUAAACCACAUUCCAGGCUGCUGUUUUCUAUCCACCUACAGGCUAUACUUUUACUGUAUUUCUUCAUACUUGAAACUCAUUCUGCUAUUUUAAUAUCAGGGUACAGACAUAAGGGUGCAUGUUCCUUAAAGGUGCAAAAUUACUCUCAUUCCGUUUGCUUAUAUUGCUACAGAAUGCUCUGUUUUGGUGCUUUGGGUUCAGCAGGUCAAAGAAGCAGUGUGGAAAUUCACUGCCUGGAACACAGUCUUACAAGAAUGCUGGCAGAUGGCUUGGUGUUAGAUAUUGCUUCUGCUUUUUUCUCUGUACACAAGAUUGAGAGUUACCACACUGGUCUGUCAGUUUCACCUGGGUAUCCUUCCUCACAGGGUCCAUAAACCCUGUGCUCUCCCCAAAUGUGGGUGCAAUGCUGCUCUCUGAAAGCAGGGAUCUUCCUACAUAUCCGGAUCAUUUACCCCUCAAAGAAAAAUGGCCUCGUGUGCAGACAGGAGGAAAAUGGGAAGAGCCGUCUCACUGUAGCAACCAUCCAUGUAGAAAGCCCUCCUGAGGCAAAAAAAAAAAAAAAAAAAAAAGGAAAGAAAAAAAAAAAGAAAGAAAGAAAAGGGAAAAAAAAGAAAGAAAGCUGACCUGUAAAGUUACCCUCCUCCUAGGGUCCUGAGCUGAGUGAUCUUGCUUCCUUACUUUUAGGUAGAUGAAAAUAUAGGUCAGUUUACCUAGGCUCUUCCCACCUGAAGAGAAAAAUAGAAAAGUAGGUAUUUGUGUCAUGUGAAAUAUGUAAUCCAAGGACCAUCAAAACUUACAUUAAAUACCCCAUUGCUAGCCAUCAGUUUUACGAAUUAGCUCAAGUAAGUGAUGCUUGAUGACCUGGGGUUUCUGAGGGCAGAGGUAGCUCUUCUAGCAUGCACCUUACGCUUAAGACUUGUUUAGAGAGGGAGGACUACCAGUGGUGACUGUGACAAUGGAAAAGGUAACAUGUCAGAAAAUUCAGAGGGUUAUAGGUCAAGAAUCUUUUGGAAACUGGAUGUCUUACUGGGUGCUAGGAUGCAAAUUUAGGUGUUUAUUGUCAGAUAAUGGAAUUCAUUGUUUUUUAAGAAUUGGUGUUGAAAUGUCAUUGUCCAGUUCAUUGUUUUCACUUAUGCACAAGCUAAAUUGAAGCAAAAAGAGAAAAUGGUUUGUGUAUUUGUCAUACCUUUUGUACUUCUUACAAUAAAACUGUUGGUAGCAAAUAAAAAUAAUAAAAACAGCAAUUUUAACCUGC